CACCGGAGAGAGAAAGAGAGAGAUUAUGGCGGAGGGGCAAUCCCCGGAGAACUCACCGCCGGAACCUCCUCCCCCUUCUCCGUCGUCUCCCUCUUCCAACAAUCAAACAACAUCUCCUCCUCCUUCAGACAAUCAAACAACACCUUCUCCUCCUCCUCCGUCUUCACCUCUAGCUCCUCCACCCCAACAACAACAACAACAAGAAUCACCUCCUCCUCCUUCGCCGGAAAAUUCCUCCAAUGACUCUUCCUCUUCGCCUCCACCACCACCGUCUGAAUCACAAUCACAAUCUCCACCAUCUCCUCCUUCACCGCCCCCACCGCAACAAGAUGGCAAGGAAAACAACAAUAACAACGAAAAUGACAAAGGAAAUGAUGGUAGCAGCAACGGAGGCAGAAACAAUUCUCCUCCUCCUCCACCGCAUUCCAAGACUUCUGACCAUAGCUCACCGUCGCCACCAAAAUCGCUGGCGUCUCCUACAAGCAACGGUGGCUCGAAUUCGUCAAGUAACGAUCGUCAGAACAUGGCUGCUGUUAUAGGACUUGUGGCUGCAGCUGGACUUCUGUUCCUUGUCAUGAUAUUGUUCUGCGUCUGUUGUUUGCGGAAGAAGAAGAAGAAGAAAUCAAAGCUUGAUCAGAUGCCGUACUACGGAAGCAAUGCUUUCGCUGCAGGCAAAACUGGUGGUGAUCAGUAUUUCAAUAGUGCUGCUACACAGCAACAACAACAACAUUACAACCAAAAUGAUCACAUUGUGAAUCUACCUCCACCUCCUGGAUCAAUGGGAACAAACUGGGUGAAUUCACCGCCGCCACCACCACCUCCAGGAAACUGGCAGCCAAUGCCGUCGCCACCUGCACCACCAGUGUCAGGAGGAGGCUUAAAUGUGAUCAAUAGCGGCGAGAUGAGCUCAAAUUUCUCAUCAGGUCCAUACGCUCCAUCUCUACCACCGCCACACCCUGCAGUGGCUUUGGGAUUUAACCAAAGUACAUUCACUUAUGAGGAGCUCGCAGCCGCAACUCAAGGUUUCUCAAAAGACCGUCUGUUAGGACAAGGCGGGUUUGGAUAUGUUCAUAAAGGAAUCUUGCCUAACGGUAAAGAGAUCGCGGUGAAGAGCCUUAAAGCGGGAAGUGGACAAGGUGAAAGAGAGUUCCAGGCAGAGGUUGAGAUCAUUAGCCGAGUUCAUCAUCGACAUCUCGUGUCUCUUGUUGGAUAUUGCAGUAAUUCAGGAGGACAGAGGAUGUUGGUCUAUGAGUUUCUUCCUAAUGACACACUUGAGUUCCACCUUCAUGGGAAAAGUGGGACUGUGAUGGAUUGGCCUACUAGACUCAAGAUUGCCUUAGGCUCAGCUAAAGGACUUGCAUAUUUACACGAAGAUUGUCAUCCUAAAAUCAUCCAUAGAGACAUAAAAGCUUCAAACAUUCUGCUUGAUCUAAACUUCGAAGCCAAGGUUGCAGAUUUUGGUCUGGCUAAGCUCUCUCAAGACAACUACACGCAUGUGUCGACUAGAGUCAUGGGGACAUUCGGAUACUUAGCUCCUGAAUAUGCAUCGAGUGGAAAAUUAACAGAGAAAUCAGAUGUUUUCUCAUUUGGAGUUAUGCUUCUUGAGCUCAUAACCGGACGCAGACCUGUUGAUCUAAGUGGGGAUAUGGAAGACAGUUUGGUCGAUUGGGCGAGACCAUUAUGCAUGAACGCAGCUCAGGGUGGAGAAUAUGGAGAAUUGGUUGAUCCAUUUCUUGAGAACCGUUACGAGCCUAAUGAGAUGGCACGCAUGGUGGCUUGUGCUGCUGCAGCCGUUAGGCACUCUGGUCGACGCCGCCCUAAAAUGAGUCAGAUUGUUCGGACGUUGGAGGGUGAUGCGUCGCUGGAUGACUUAAACGAAGGUGUGAAACCGGGGCAGGGUUCGAGCGGAGGAGACGGAAGCUCGGACUAUGAGACGGGCACGUAUGGUGCAGAGAUGAGGAAAUUCCGGAAAGUGACAUUGGACAGUCGUGAUUACGGUGCAAGUAGCGAAUACGGUGGCACGAGUGAGUACGGGCUUGACCCGUCGUCCUCAAGCAGCGAGGAGAUGCAUGCCACCAACAAAGCUACUUCUUCCACUUCUACUCGUGGGAUUUAAAACUAUAUAUAUAAACCAAAUGGUCUAAAUUAUCAAAAGGUUUAGAUCAAAAUAUCUAUAUUGUCUUUUUGUCCGGAAAUGUGACCGUUAAAUGUGUUUGUUUGUUAA